AAUAACGGUUUAGUCGUCGUCCGGAUUUAUUUUGAAAGCAAAGACCGGAAGACAACGCUAACAAACACAGUACGGUGUCAGUGGGGGCUGGCUGGUCGCUCCCACCAUGCUCCUCUAAGUUCCGUCAUCAGCGUGUCCUGCAGAACACAGCGCGCUCCUAUAAGCGGCUCCACAGCCACAGGCGGACAGUGAGCGUGUCGGCGCGCAGAGUGAAGGGACAUGAGGACACACUGAGAGCAGAGGAGGAAGCCGCGGACCGUCAGUGCAUUCCUGUGAGAGGGACAACUCGGAACUAACAUCAAACACCAAGACCUGACACAUUAUCACUAAUCCCCUCGUUGAAGAACCGCAGGAAACCAAGCUGCCCGUUGCUUUUGCGCGUUUUGGCACCCAUGGUAAUGUGAGGACGGAUGCUCUUUUUCACCAGUUUGCCUCGAUUCAAAUCAUUAUUGACUUGUUGUAAGCCAAAGAACAGGCCAGGAUUAUAAUUCCCUGUUGGAUUUAAAAGUCAUCGACAUACCUAUCAAGACCAAACUUCCCUGCACGUCUGGAAACUGCGCGCGGAGAUGGCGCAAAGGUACGAUGAGCUGGCUCAUUACGGAGGCGCGAUGGACGGAGUGGGAGUCCCUACCUCCAUGUACGGGGACCCGCACGCCCCCCGGCCCCUGCCCCAGGUCCACCACCUGAACCACGGGCCGCCCCCGCACCCGACGCAGCACUACGGAGCCCACGCGCCGCACAACAUCAUGCCCAGCAGCAUGGGCAGCGCCGUGAAUGACGCGCUGAAGAGGGACAAGGACCAGAUAUACGGACACCCUUUAUUUCCUCUGCUGGCUCUGGUGUUCGAGAAGUGCGAGUUGGCGACCUGCACGCCCAGAGAGCCCGGGGUGGCGGGAGGCGACGUCUGCUCCUCCGACUCGUUCAACGAAGACAUAGCCGUGUUUGCCAAACAGAUCCGCGCAGAGAAGCCUUUAUUUUCCUCCAACCCAGAGCUGGAUAACCUGAUGAUUCAAGCGAUCCAAGUCCUCCGAUUCCAUCUCCUGGAAUUAGAGAAGGUUCAUGAGCUCUGUGAUAACUUCUGCCACCGGUACAUCAGCUGCCUGAAAGGCAAAAUGCCAAUCGACCUGGUGAUAGAGGACCGAGACGUCUGCAAGUCGGACUUCGACGACCUCUCCGGAUCCUCCACCAACCUCGCAGAUCAUAACCCAGCGUCCUGGAGAGACAUGGAUGACGCCCACUCCACACCCUCUGUGGGCACCCCGGGACCGUCCAGUGGGGGACACGUCUCCCAGAGUGGAGACAACACCAGUGAACUCGGAGACGGCCUCGACAACAGUCUGGCAUCACCAGGCACGGGAGACGAGGAUGAUCAGGACAAGAAGAGGCAGAAGAAACGAGGCAUCUUCCCCAAAGUGGCCACAAAUAUAAUGAGAGCAUGGCUCUUCCAGCACCUUACGCACCCAUACCCCUCAGAGGAACAGAAAAAACAACUAGCACAAGACACAGGCCUCACCAUCCUUCAAGUGAACAACUGGUUUAUCAAUGCAAGGAGGCGAAUAGUCCAGCCUAUGAUCGACCAGUCCAACAGAGCAGUCAGUCAGGGUUCAGCUUACAGUCCAGAUGGCCAGCCAAUGGGAGGCUUUGUUCUUGAUGGGCAGCAGCACAUGGGUCUCCGACCUGGAGGGCCAAUGGGUGGUAUGGGUAUGAACAUGGGCAUGGACGGGCAGUGGCACUACAUGUAAAUCCACUCCAUCAGACAAGCCUGAAAAACAGGGUGAAGCCUCCAUGGUUGGCUCAGGGAUGUUCUUCCAUCUGGCCGUGGAGCUCAGUACCGGAGCUGCCUCUGCAGCCGCCACGUCAAACCCACCUGAUCGUACACCCACCUGACCACUCCCACCUCACCUUGCCCGAACCCGCACGGUGCGCGCGUGUGUUGGGUCACCAUGGAAACGCCUAACCUCAGCACCGGAGGCCGCCAAUAAACUUUUUGACUUUAACCCGAACAGAGACUCGGUGUUCAGCUGAGGAGCUGCAGGAGAGCUGCACGGAAACUAAAAGGACUUCACAGUGAAGAGAAGCAGUUCCACACAUCUCCUCCAUUUCGUUUUAAAUUAUUUAUUUAUUUUUCUACAACCACCGGGGAUAUCGACUUUUCUCUUUUUUCUUCCUCUCCUUUUUUUUCUUUUUUCUUUUUUUUUUUAAGUAGACUAAGCUUUAGCCCCAGACCUUUAAAUAGGCACACACAUCCCCUCCAAACGAGACUGUACAGAGAACACACACACACACACACACACACACACACACACACACACACACACACACACACACACACACACACACACACACACUGUUCCUCUCCUUUCUAAGACAAAGCUAAAACCACUGUGGGAUAUCUUUGAAAAAUCUGAGGACUCGGUGAGAGUUUUAAUGUCGUGCUGUAUAGAUCUGUGCUCCUCUUUUCAUUUGGCUGUUUGUCAUGUUUGCGCUUGUGAUCACUAGACGUUAGAGUGAGUUUUACCACUGCAAUCUUGAUGAUUCUUUUUUUCUUUUUUUAAAAUUCCAACUAAAACAAAGAUUUUUUUAAAGAAAAUGUUUGUUUCUCUUCUUCGUGCACUGCAUCUCUUCCUUCAGCUUUUACUCUUCUCGUGUGUGUUUUUGUUUUGUUUUGUUUUUGUUUUGGUUUGGUUUUUUUUGUUUUGUUUUUUUUUGACGAUGUUUUAAAUAAUUUUAUAGCACCAGAACACCGAAAAUAAGUCUGCACUAAAAACCAAAAUAAAGACUUAAGUGAGGAUGCAGCGGAGUGUUUUCCUGUGAAGAGCGCGGUGAGUCGGUUCUGAUUGCUCUCUGUGGGCUCAUGUGAAACAUCCCGAGGAGAGAGGUGGGUGUAGGCGCCGGAGAGAAUUCUGAAGGCAACAGCAUUAGUUGUCGGAGCAGGUCACGUAGUCUGCUGUGGUUCGAUAUGAGACGGGAUUGCAGUUGUCUCGCAUUAUUCGAUUGAUGGUGACAGGGAUGAUGGAUGGCCUGCCUGCGAAAUUCAAGAAAACCUGGGCGAAGUGUGUGGAGC